AGCCACGAGGCUGCAUGCGGGUCCGUGCAGUGUCCCGGGCCCUCACUGGAGUUGAUGAGCACUUGGCUAGCUGCCUGACCGUCCCCUGUCACCCUCAGCUAGGAGAUGAUGAUGUGGCAGACAGCUCGGCCUUCUAUGCCAAGCGCAGCUACCAGCCACAUGGCCGCUGGGCGGAGCGGGCUGACCAAGAGCCUCUCAAGACCAUCCUGGAUGCCCGGGACCUGGAUUGCUGCUUUACCCCCAUGAAGCCCGAGAGCCUAGAAGAUUCUGUUCUAGAUACAGUGGAGUCGCAGAGACUGGCGGGCCUGCUGAGCGAGAGGGAGUCUUCUGAGGCCAGCGAGCUCAUCAUCUACCCCCUGGAGACAGAGGUGACAGUCACAGGGACAGACAGCAAGUACUGUGCAGAGGAGGUAGAGAGGGCGCCAGGAGACCAGCAAGGUGACUCUUACCUCAGGGCCCCCUCCAUCGGCUCAAAGGACCAGAGCCCACCUGAGGACUCAGGGGAGUCAGAGGCCAACUUGGAGUGCAGCUUUACCACCAUCCAUUCCUCCCCUCCACAGCCAGACCCAGACCCUCAGUUUGAUGUGACGCCCCCUACACCAGGAUGCCCAGGUACCACAGAAGAGUUGUCCCAGCCCGAGGUGCCAAGCAUAUCCAACGGCUCCCUGCCCCAGACCCCUGAGCAAGAGAAGUUCCUCCGCCACCACUUCGAGACACUUACUGACGCCCACCCUGAGGAGCUCUUCCACGGAUCCCUGAGAGACCUGAAGGCCUCUGAGGCCGAGGACGACUUCUUCAAUCCCCGGCUGAGCAUCUCAGGCCAGUUCCUCUCCCGCCUCCAGAAGACAUCCAGGUUCACCCACACCUUCCCUUCCCGGCUGCCCCUGCACCUCGUGAAAUCCCCAGAGGUCAAACUCAUGGAUCUUGGGGGGAGCCCGCCCAGAGCAGAGCCCCUGAGAGCAGGUACUGGCUACACCUGCCCAGGCAGGACCAACGUCAUCUCUGGGGGGAAGGAUGAGGAGCCCCUCGAGACCCUGGAAGCCUGGUCCCCACUGACCCCCUGCCUCACGGGCCUGGCGCCCUGCAUCCUGCCCUCCUCUGUGCCGCCCACAGACAAGACGCCUCCGACACCCGCAGCUCUACCCACUCCAGGCCUGGCUCAGGGUGUCCACACCCCCACCGCCCGCUCCUGCAUGGAGGCCACUGCCAGUUCCUGUGCCAAGAUACCACGCAGCAUUUCCAAUGAGGACAGUGAGGGCCCUGUCCUGGCUGAGCUGGCCAGGCCUCUGUGCAGGUCCUCGUCCCUGGGGAAGCUGGCCUCCCUGGGCCAGGAGCUCCAAGUCAUCACCACCACAGUGACACCCAGUUCUGACAGUGAGGGUCAAGAAGCUGCCCUGCCCUCCCGGGGCAACCAUGAGGCCCGCGCCAGCCUGAAACUCACCCUGUCAAGCAUCUGUGACAGGCUCGUGUUGCCCCCACCCCAACUGGAGCCUCCCACCACGUGUGUAUGGUCCCAGGAGCCUGUGGCCACCCAGCCCAGUGUCACGGUCACAACAGCCAGCUUCCUGGCCCCCAGCCCUGUGGAUAGGAGUGCCCCAAGGCUCCACAACGCCACCUUUCUCCCAAGUUUCCUGGCCACCGAGUCCCUCAAUACACCUUCCAAUCCCAACAGCCCCCCACUUCCAGAGGCCAGGCCAGGGGUCCCUGGCAGCAUCACCUCCCUCCUGGAGCCCACCCCUGAUGCGCUCAGUCCAGUCCAGGGCUGCCCUGGACACUGCGGGGAACCGAAGGGGCCAGCCAGGGUCCUGCCCACAGAUCCCCUUGAGCUGAGCAAUGUGGGGACCGUCGUGCACAGACUGCAGACUACCUUCCAAGAAGCCCUGGACCUUUACCACCUGAUGGUCUCCAGUGACGAGGCGAGCGCCGAGCAGCGGCAGGCACGGACUGAGCUGGCCUCCACUUUCCUUUGGAUCCACAGCCAGUUAGAGGCCAACAACUGGCUGGUUGGGACCGAUGUGGCCCCAGCCCAGGCCCUGCCCAGCCCAGGCCCCCCCUCCCCACCUACACUGUGCCCCCUGGCCAGCCCAGAUUUGCGUGCCCUGCUGGAACACUACUCAGAGCUGCUGGUGCAGGCCGUGCGGAGGAAGGCACGGGGGGACUGAGAGCCAGCAGGCCCCUCCACCGCAGCCCUGCUGCUUCUGAAGAAAUAGUUACUUUACGCAAAUAAACUGACAGCUUGGAGGAGCGGUUCCUGGUGCCUGUUCUGGCGCAUCCACAAAGCCCCCUUCAGAUGGCUGCAGGGAGAGAGGGUAGAGAGCCCAGGGAACUCACAGAUGCCGCAGUGCCAGGCCCUGUUCCAGGACUCUAGUGGGGAACACAGGACUGUUGGGGAACUGCAGUAAUGAUGACCCCAGCACCUGGCUCCCACGUCACCUGUCCCCAGCCCACUGAGCUGCUGUGGAGUCACGGGUGGUCCUUGCCCAGUGGGGCCCAGCUGUACUCUAGGGAGGGGCCAGCCCUUCUUCCCUGCCCCCUACUGAUGCGCAAGAACCCACUGGAGCCUCUGUGAUCACCAUGUCCCAGACCCUGGCUACCAGUUCACAUACUGCCACAACACUGGCUCAUGGCCCCUGAGCCAGGCCCAUGCUGGAUCCUGUGAGCUCCAGGCUUUUGUUCCCACUUGCAGCAGGGUAAAGUGAGGAAGGACAAAUCCGGGGAGCAUGCCCAGGCCACCCAGCAGCUGGGACCAGUAAUUCCUUCCCCAGCAAGACUGUGUCCAGCUUCAACAUCCCGUGAGCUCCCAGCACUGGUACCAGCUUCCCUAGGCAGCAGGCAUCUAGCCACGUGGCAGGUCUGCUAAGAAGGACACUCUUGUGACCACAAAAGCCCUCACCGUCCCAAGUCUAAAAAGGAAGCUGGCAGGAGCAGGACCCUCCUAGAGCACAGUCGUACCGUGCAGCCUGCUUGGCCUGAACCCCCACUUGCCUGUGAGUUCCUCCCUGCUCUGUUUGGUGAUCACGGCCCACCAGAAACAGGCUCAGAGAGAUCCAGUGCCUCGCCUCGGGUCCCAUAGAGUUGAGUCAAACGAGGCUUGCCUGGUGGUAGAGCCAGACUCUAACAUGAGGACGUGGCUCUCUGUUGGCCCUGUAAACACUGAACCAAUCAUGCAGUUGUUGAAAAAAAUCCUACCAGCCCCGAGGAAUUGCUGGUCCCAGCUGCUGUCACUGCUCUACACGGUAGGCGUAGAGCGAGGAACAGGACAAGCAAAGCAUCUGCCCUCGUGGCAUUCACCUUCUAGAAAGUGAAACACGACAGAAAUUAAAAUAACUGUAUAACUGUAGGUAAACUAAGGGCAUUCCCUGUGCUGGUUACAGGCCUUUCUUAGGUGAUGUUGGAGCUGACACUUGAUAGAGGGCACAGGCCGUGUGGCCACUCGGGCAAGUAUCCAGGCAGGCAAAGGCCAGUGCAGAGGCCCCAUGGCAAGCUCAGACGUACAUGAAAGGAAUAGCAGUGAAGCCAGGAGGCUGGAAUGGAGUGAGCUCAGGGCAAGGGUGGAGAGGAGGUGGGAGGAAGAAUGGGUCCCACUGGGCAGGGCCUUGUUGCUUCAUGACAUUUAAAUCCAAGACACAUUCACAAUAUAGUUUUUUUCCCCUAAAUAAAAUGCCUUAUCUUGGUG